UGGAACAAGGCGCUACAUGCACCGCCGCCUCUCCAGCUUUCACAUAUUGUCGGAUUUUGUGCGGACGGCGCACGUUUGCACAUAGGCUGAGAUGAUUGCUCGUGUCUGAUGAUAUUAUUUUGCACCUGAAAAUAAGGAUGCCAAAACCAGGCACGCUCCGGCUGUGUUGAGACGCGAUUAAAAAGGUGAACUAGAGGCAGCACACACAGGACUGGACCACAAACAGACUUCAUCUUUGCUGUCAGCAUGGCUGUGAACAUGAUGCCAACUCCCACCAUUUGGCCAGGGGAGGAACAACCAUCGCUGCUGGACCAGGAGGACUCUCUGUCAAGCCAAGCCCCCAUCUCUGUGCCAUGCCCAUCAGUCAGAGGUGAACCGCUCAUCCACAGCAGCAGCAGCAGCCCGGCCGGCACACGGCCUCCCCGCAGCAAAUCCAAAGGCGAGCUGGUCAUAGUCAUCAACGAGAAGCUGAAGAACAGUAACGGGAUCCACCCGGCACCCGCAGAGAGCACCUCUCCGGUCAUCUGCUCUCCUCCCAGAAGACAACACUCCAUCUCUUACCCCCAUCACAACAAGACCAGAAAGGGGAGCAGGGCGAGCUCCAUCGGAUACACCGCCUUCUCGCCUAGGCCGUCGCUUUCUCGCCACUCCAGCAUCGCCACCAACCCACCCCUGGACCGCACCAAGGUCAAAGACUACCUCCUUCUCUCCGUGCUGGCCUGCUUCUGCCCUGUGUGGCCCAUCAACAUUGUGGGAUUUGUCUACUCCAUCAUGUCCAAGAACAGUCUCGAGCAGGGAAACCUGGAUGGGGCCGUGCGUCUGGGACGCGUCGCCAAGAUGCUCUCCAUGGUCUCACUAGUAGGAGGGACGGUCAUUAUCAUCGCCUGCAUUGUCAACCUGGCCAUAAAUGUGAAAACCUGAGUUUCAUCCCAGGGUGAAACUGGAUAAAGCAACUGACCGUCUGGCCCGCACCUGCACCACCGUCUUUACCGCCUAGUCAUUACCUGGAUGUGACAAAUAUGCACCCGAUAUACAGUGCUUACUUGUAUUUCUGUAAUCUAUAUAAAUCCCUUUUUGCUAAUGGAAGAAAAUAAAAUAUGCAAAUGCUGCUGCUCUAAAUCGGGGGGUGGGGUGGGGGAAAUUUGUCUGUUAGAUGGCGAAGGGAGUAGACAGUCUAAUCAGCCCCUUCGUAUUCUGGUCAACGCAUUCAGAACGAUUCCUGAGAAACUCUUCAAGACUCCAAUCAUCACCCGCAGAACUGACAAGGUGGACUAGAAAAAUGGGGAGACCAGUGGAGGUGGUCACAGAACGCCAAACAGGAAGGAUCGCCUCCCAGCUUCAGCGCCACAUGCAACAAAAUGUCCGCCCAAGUCCAUCUUUCACUGCACCCGAGGACAGGACACCAUCAGCUUGCCGUUAAAUCCUCUCAGAUACGUGGAGAGGCUGUGGGAUUUGUGGCUGCAUUGAAAUGAGAGAGCAGAAAUUCAUCCCCUCACAGAGAAGAAACACUUUGAAUCACAGUGUGUCCUCUUGUUUCUGACUCUUCUUUGUGGUUCUCAUGACUCCCGCCCGCCCCUUACAUCUUGUGCUUGAGAGUGAGUGUACGGGUGGCAAAGAAGAUGAAAAAGAGGCUUACCAAGGACAAGCUAUGGGUGCUAAACUGAAUGGGAUUAUGGGAAGUCUCACACAGAAGGCACCGUCAUCACUGCAAGGAAAAAUAUGUGCCAAAAAAAAUGUAGAGGGAAAUUUUCCUGCUUUGUAAAGACCCAACUCUGAUUACAGAACUGUUGUAGAGAGAAAGAGUGUUUUUUUACUCUGCUGCAACUUUACUGUAUAUCCGCUCGACACCACUGAUCACUGUGAGCCGGGGAAGGAUACAUGUUCACCAAAAAAAACCCCAAACUGUAGCAAGUCACCGU